CCCUCUUCCUUCCCCUAGCUCUUCUCCCCAUAAGCAUCUUUUAGCACACAAACACACAUACGCACUUAGAGAAACUAGAGAGAGGAGAGAGAGAGAGAAGUAAGAGUUGGUCAUAUGAGAUGGCCACUACUACUCAAGCUUCACACCAAAUAGAUGAUGAAUACAUAGACAUGGAAAUUAGCUCUUCUUCUUCCUCAAACUUCUUUCCCUAUUCUUCUAUUAGCUCUCCACCAAAUAGUGCUAAUACCACCAAAGAAUUUGAGUUCCAAAUGUCUUCAGUCCCAAACCAAGACAAAGAAACUUCAACUUUCCCAGCUGAUGAGCUUUUCUACAAAGGAAAACUUCUCCCUCUUCACCUCCCUCCUCGCUUACAAAUGGUCCAAAACAUUCUCCAAAACUCCAAUAAAACUUCUACUAAUUCAAACCAAGAUCAAGAAGAAGAAGAAGAAGAUUUGGACGAAGAAGAAGAAGAAGAAACAUUUACGAUUCCUUUUAAUAUGCAUAGAAGUUCCUUCACAGCUCCUUGUACCAACACAACAAACACCCCAUUGGAGUCUAGCAAUAUUUCACCCUCAGAGUCUUGUAGAGUCAGCUGUGAGCUAAAUCCAGAUGAGGUUUUCUCCCAAUGGUCAACUGAAGUGAGAGUUUUCAUUGGUGGGCAAUCAAAAAAGUCAUGGUCAACCAAGCUGAUGAAGCCGUUUUCUAUUGGGAGAAAGCUCAAGGCCUCAAGGGCAUAUCUCAAGUCUCUUUUCAACAAGUCUUCUUGUAAUGUUUCUGAUAAUAAGAACAAUAUUCUUAAGCCAACAUGCAAUGAUCAAUUCAACACCAAUGCAGAUUCCAAGAGGAACCCUUUUGGGAAAAUGAGAGAAAAUGCAGGAAAAUACCACCAGAUCAUUUCAACCACUCUCGUGAAGAGCAUAGAGAAUGAGAUAAUGAUCAAUAGCAGUCAACACAGGAAAUCCUUUUCUGGGGUGAUUCAAAGGCACAUUUCUUCUGGCGCAAACUCCAAAUCAUCCUUGCUGUCUACUAGUACUUCCACAUCAUCGUCUGCGUCCUCUUCGUCCUCAUCGUCUUUUUCCUUAAGCUCGAAUGGCGGUUGCUGUGAUCAUUUCAAUCUUCUGAAGAGAAGUAGCAGUGCAAGCUCGGAGCUUGAGAGCUCCAUUGAAGGAGCAAUAGCUCAUUUUUAAUGGCAAACCAAUGUUAAGUCAGCAUCAAAUUGGUGAUGAAAGUUGUGGAUAAGAGAGACAGACAGAGAGGGACAUUUUGAUGGAACCCCAGUUCAGAUAAUGCAGUCAUGUGUGUUGCUGUUGAUUCUAAGGCAUUGUCAUGUUUU